CUCGGACUAAAAAUUCUUUGAUAUAUUUUGUACAUGGAAGUUACAAAGCUUUCACAUUGUAGGUUUGGACAAACGAGACUUGGCAGAAAACCGUCGGCUUUUUACUUUGCUUGAAAUGAUGCACGCAAGCAAGUACCAGACAGUAUGGGCAGCAAUAGCCUUAAUACUACUUGCAACAGUGCAAUCCGUGUCCGCGUUUUACAUUCCUGGAUUCACCGCUGUUUCCUACAAGUUUGGGCAGCAGGUUCAGCUUGAUGUUAACAAGAUCUUUUCAAAGAAUGCUCAGUUACCGUACGCAUACAGUGAGCUCGAUUUCGUCUGUCAGCCUAAAGGACCUGUCAAGAGAACAUGGCUCAAUCUUGGCGAGAUUCUACGAGGCGACCGCUUCGUCAGCAGCGAUUUUCAGCUCCAAAUGAAGCAAGAUAUCGGGUGUCAACAACUUUGUACGAAAGCUCUAUCCGGUGCUCAGGCAAGCAACGCGAAACAGCUUAUUGAAGAGGAAUAUAGUGUUGAAUGGAUUGUGGAUAAUUUGCCUGGAGCUACGGCAAAAACUGAAAUUUCUGAAGGUGGUCGAAAGAUGUAUGUUGCUGGUUUCCCAUUAGGUCGUGUCAAGGAUGGAAAGACAUAUAUUCACAACCACUUUACUCUCGUGUUCUUGUACGAAAAGAACGAAAAGAAGCCUGAUGAACAGUACAUUGUUGGAUUUGAAGUGUACCCAGAGUCAUAUGAUGGUACGGACUGUCCUGUUGAUGUGGAUCAUCCCAUGCAAGAAAUUGGAGAGAGCGAUGUUAUCGUUAGAUAUACAUAUGCUGUGACUUGGCAGGAGACUGAAGAAAUUAAAUGGACGCACCGAUGGGAUAUGUAUAUGACUACAUCCGACCCCCAAAUCCAUUGGUUUGCCAUCAUCAACUCUUUCAUCAUCCUUAUUUUCAUCACCUCCAUGGUAGCCGUCAUUAUUAUGCGCACCCUUAACCGCGAUAUUUCAAUGUACAACGAAGAGGACAUCGAGGGAGCGGAAGAAGACUCUACAGGCUGGAAAUUAGUCCAUGGCGAUGUCUUCCGUGCACCAAAACAUGCCAAUCUACUUGCACCUGUUAUUGGAUCCGGAAUUCAGUGUCUAGUGAUGAUGACCAUGUCGCUUGCCUUAUCGUCAUUUGGUGUCUUGAACCCAUCCUACCGUGGUGGAACCAUGUCCAAUGCCUUGUUCUUUUAUGCGUUUGGAGGCUUGUUUUCGGGCUAUGCCAGCACUCGCCUCUAUAUUAUGCUGCAAGGAUCAUCAUGGAGAAGAAAUGCAUUGGUGACAGCGACCCUGCUUCCUGCAGCCAUGUUUUCGCUCAUGUUUAUUCUCAAUUGCUUUGUAUGGGCCAAGCAUUCAUCGUCUGCCAUUCCAUUUGGCACCUUCUUUGCCUUGUUUGCUAUCUACCUCUUCAUUGCAUUACCGUUGGUAUUUAUAGGUUCGUCUGUUGCCUCUCGACAAAAGCCUAUAGAGCACCCUGUACGCAUUCAUCAAAUCCCACGACAAAUACCGGAGCAGAUUUGGUAUCUAUCUCCCAAUGUCAGCAUUCUCACUGGCGGAAUGAUGCCCUUUGCAGUGGUAUUCGUGGAACUGUUCUUUAUUUUCAAAGGCAUCUGGUCCAAUCAAUAUACAUACUUUAUUGUUGGAUUCUUGGCUAUUGUGUUUUUAAUUCUAGUAGCCACCGCAGCCGAGAUCUCUAUUGUUGUGGUGUAUUUGCAACUUCAGGCUGAGGAUUAUCGGUGGUACUGGCGAGCAUUUCUCGUAUCAGCUGCAUCCGGAAUCUAUAUCUUCAUCUAUUCCGUGUUCUAUUACUUCAGCCGUCUGGAGGUGACAGGAUUUGUACCAGCUCUGGUGUACUUUGUAUAUAGUUUAUUGAUGUGCGGCAUCUACUCGUUGUGCGUUGGAAGCAUUGGAUUCUUUGCUACGUUCUACUUCUUAAGAAAGAUAUACUCUGCCAUCAAGGUGGAUUGAAACAACUUCAGUCAUCAACACGUGCAGAACGAAAAAGACCCUCGGAUCCGCCGUGGGAAAUUAGCUUAGGUUUCAACCAAUCAUAUCCACGUCUCCCACACAAGCUGACAAUCAUUAUAGAGAAAUUAUGGCAUAAUACUUGCUUCCACUGUCUGUGUGUG